AUGACUGAUGAUGCAUUUGGUCAAAAAUUAUGUGAUUUAUUUAAAGAUAAACGAGUAUUAAUUAUAGGUGAUUCUAUAAUGCGAGGUGUAUACAGAGAUAUUUGUUGUGUGUUAAAUAAUAAUUCUCGUUUAUUAUAUGAUUAUGAAUUAAAAUUCAACAGACACAAUGUUCAUGCUAAUGCUUUAUUUGGUGAACAAAUCGAAUUAUUUCAUAUCAAUCGAAAUAAUAGCACCCUCAACAAAGAAAAAAGAAUUUUUAAAUGUAAACAAUUCAAUUAUUACGUAUCAUAUGUUUUUAACAGUCGAGUGUGGAAUACCUACAUGAACACUUUAUUAUCAUCGAAGGAGAAUUAUGAUUGUAUUAUCAUACAGAGUUUUAUUUGGGACCUUACACGUUAUAAUGAUAAUGACGGCUCCAUUUAUCUUAACAAUUUAGAAAAAUGCUUGUUGAAAUUAAAGGAAUUGAACAUACCAAUCCUUUGGAUUUUGUUACCAACAUCAGAUUCAUUUCAAGCUGCUAAAGUUAAUGAUUUUUUAACAAAAUUAAGUCCAAAUAUUAUUCAAAAGGUCCAACAAUAUUCCAUUAAUUUAAUUAAUUUAGCAAAUUCUAUGAAGGAUAUCAUGAAUCUACGGAAUAAAGACGGGAUUCACUUUACCUCGAUUGGCCAUCGACAUAUUACGGAACAAAUAGCUCAAAUGAUGACAAAUUUGCAAAUAGGAACGUCCAACAUCAUUACAAAUGAAUCAACAAAUACAUUUAAUGCAUCUUUUACAGAAAAAGUUCCAUUUCCUGCUAUUAGACAAGGUAUUAAUUUUAAGAGAUUCAAUCCAUAUUAUCAUCGACGUAAAUUUAAUAACAAUCAUACCCGACAGAAAAUGAAAUUUGACACCAAUGAAGCUGAAAACUUUGGUCGUGCGUUCGGGGUUGCCUGGAGAACCUAUAUAUCUUCCUAAAAAUAUUUUCUUUUUUUUAUUGAUUGUUCUCAUACAUAAGAAGAUAAAUGCUAAUAAAACUGUUUGAUAAAAAUAAACUACAUCUAUACAAAAUAUGUCUAGAUCAUUUAAAAAAGAACCAUAGGAGGUACAAUUGUAUCACCUAGUUUUCGUAUACAUUCUAGAUUUGUUUUCUACCAUAUUGAUGGAAUCAUCAUUUCGUCUUUUCGAUAGUUUCUGAGUAUGAUUGAUGAACAAACUUUGAUAUCCUUUGUUUUUAUUUAUCAAAAUACGAACUUUAGAGAAUCUUAGACUAAUAAAAAAGAAUAAAUAUUACGACAUAUAAUAGUUGAAUAGAUUAUUUUAUUUAUCUUUUUGUACUGUAUCAUGUGAUAUAUUUUGAGAAAAAUUGUUUGAGUUAUAAUCUUGACAAAUAUUUACAACACGAUUUAUUAUUUUUUUAUAAUAUUAGAUGGGCAGGAC